AUGCCUAAUUGGAAUCAAAUACAAGCACAACUCCGGCAUCCCGCAAAUCCUGUUGUUUUUUUCGAUAUUUCAGUUGGAACAACAGAAAUAGGGCGCAUGAUAUUUGAACUGUAUGCAGAUGUAGUGCCCAAGUCAAGUGAAAAUUUCCGGCAAUUUUGUACUGGAGAAUUCAGAAAAGAUGGGGUACCUCUGGGAUAUAAAGGGGCCAGUUUUCACAGGGUAAUCAAAGAUUUUAUGAUACAGGGCGGCGAUUUCGUGAAUGGUGAUGGAACUGGUGUUAUGAGCAUAUAUGGAGGAAGUAUAUUUGCUGAUGAAAAUUUCACAUUGAAACAUGAUAGUCCUGGGCUAUUAUCCAUGGCUAAUAGUGGGAAAGAUACUAAUGGAUGUCAAUUCUUUAUAACCUGUGCAAAGUGUAACUUUCUAGAUAACAAACAUGUUGUGUUUGGAAGAGUUAUUGAUGGUCUUUUGGUAAUGAGGAAAAUAGAAAAUGUUCCCACUGGCCCAAACAAUAAACCGAAAAUACCAGUUACUAUAAUACAAUGUGGACAAAUGUGA